AUGUCACUUUCUUCUUUUUCUUCUUUUUCUUCUAUACGAGAGUUGUUUUCUCAACAAUUUUCAACCAAGAUUAGGGUUCUUGUGAUUGAUCAUGAUAUCAAUCUUCUCAAUUCUAUUGAGAAAGUAUGCAGUCAAUUCUAUUACACAGUCAGGACAUGCUCCAAUGUUUCGGAUGCUUUGAAUCUUUUGAUGGAAAAAAAGGAUAAUUUUGAUUUGCUACUAAUUGAAGCUAUAAUGCCCAAUGUGAAUUCAUAUGAAUUUUUGCAAUAUGUUAGGCAACAAAUUGAUAUUCCUGUUAUUAUGAUGAGUGCGGAUGACUCAAGAAGUGUUGUGAUGAAGGCUAUUGAAGAUGGAGCGUGUGAUUAUUGGAUCAAACCUUUGACUGAUAAUCUAAUUAUGAACAUGUGGCAACAUGUUGCAAGAAAAAUGUGGAAUGAAAAUAAAAACCUAAAAUUUGGGGUUGAAGUCAGUCUGAAAAAAGGGGAGAUAUAUGAUUCAAAAUUGCCUUUAAUUGAUCCAAAAAUAGGAGUGAUCAACACUAGUGUGGAACAAAAGAGUGUAGAAAAGAAUAAUGACAAACCUGAAUCGUCAACAAAGACACGUGUUAAAUGGACACAAGAGUUGAAGAGAAAGUUUGCUAGUGCUAUAAUGGAACUCAAUGCCGAUAAGGCACAACCCAAUAAAAUUCUUGCAAGGAUGAAUGUGCCUGGGUUGACAAGAGAGCAUGUAGCUAGUCACUUACAGAGAGAAAUUGAAGAGAGGAGAUACAAAGAAACAAAAAAAACAGAACAGAACUGCAGAAACAAAAAGAGAAACCAAGAUUUCAAAUGGAUCUUCAGAAUUUGA